CUUCAUUAACAGAUUCAUCGAUGCAAGUCACAUUUACGUUUUCUGCACUUGUGUGUCUGCUUGGUCUCUUUCUUGUUCUUUAUUUUUGGGGGACCUGUCAUGGGUGAACUGUCAGAGCAAGAAAAAUUAGAAAAAAGACGUGCUAGACGACAACAAAGAAUCCUAGCCUCGGCCGAAAGUAGACUGAACAAGAUCACAGGCAGUCAAUCAGCUUUUCGUUCAUCCCCAACUCCUUCUCCUUCCAACUCUACAAGUUCAUUUCAAGAGACAAAUGUCAGUUCACUAGCAGAACAUUACCCUUCAGCUCAGGAUCCACGUCGUCAGAAAUAUGAAGAGAGACUGACACCGCCACCACCAUCACCACAACCCACAACAUCUGCCAGUCGGGUUCAGCAACAUCGUCCAGAGGUUCAAAAGAGAAUUGAGGAAGAAAAGGCAAGAGAGCUGAAUGAUCAUGGAUUCCUCGGCGGACGUGUGCCUCAGAUCCUACUCGCGACUAUGCUACGGCGAACGAACCCACAGGAGCGAAUGAAUCAGAAAUCAGCACGUCUCCCAGCUAAUAAAUAUUGGAAUCUGCUACAUUUUGUGGCCAUGGUCUGGUUAGGUGUUUGUGCGGUCUGUAGUCAGUGGUCGACUUAUGGAGCAAGUGGUGUUUGUGACUUGAUCCAUCAAAACGAGACAUAUGAUCAUAACACAGUAUAUUAUCCCGUGUUUUGGUAUUUUGUCACCAUACAAUCAUUAUUGCACUUUGCCAGAAAAGUCUAUCAACCUGAGUAUAAAAUAACAGAUGAGCUGACAUUUUCGGGUAUAGUGUCUCAACUACCAGAGGCAUUACAAGAUCCCGCCUGCUUUGUACAGAAAUACGGUGUGAUAAUUAACGAGAUAUUUAGGGAUUUGUGUAUAGUUGUGUUUGUGAUAGGAUUCAUAUCUUUAAUGACAUCCUUUGUUUAUUAAUAUGAUUAAAGUUGCAUAAAUGACUCUUUUACCUUUGGUAUAAAUAUGCAAAAAAAGAAAAAAAAAAAAAAAUACUAGUUG